AUGAUAAAUUGUCUUGUUAAUCUUAAUAGUCAGAAUACUAGUUCCUUAAUAACUUGUUUGUAUGGGGCUCUAAAUGAGUCUGAGAAAACUAGGAAAUGGAACCAUCUUAAUGCUUUAAGGGCUACUUAUCCAAACCCUUGGAUCGUUAUAGGUGACCUUAAUUUCAUUUUGCAUAAUGAUGAGAAAGAGGGGGGAAAUCAAGUUAGUCAAUCUGAAUUAGAGGCCAAUAACAUGCUUUUAAACAUUAAUAAUCUUUCUAGUAUGCCCUACAUUGGAAACCCAUUUACUUUGACCAAUAGAAGAGAUGGUAAUGAAUUUAUCCUAGAGAGGUUAUAUAUAGCUGUUCUUUCUUAUGAUUGGACAAAUAUUUAUAUUAAUGUUGCUCUUUAUCAUCUAACAGUUGUAGGAAGUGAUCACUUCCCUAUCAUGUUGCUUACUAGCAAGAUGGAAAAUAGCACCAAAAAACCUUUUAGGGUGAAUAAGGCCUGGUUUAGAGACCUUAGCUGUACUGAGAUCAUUAAAUCAGAAUGGAAAUGUAAUCAAAAUGGUUCUCCUGCUUUCUUGUUCACUCACUGUCUUAGGAAUACUAAAUUUGGUCUAAGAAACUGGAACUAUCAUCAUUUUGGAAAUAUAAACACUCAAAUCUCAAACCUGUAA